AAUCAAAUAAUCCGGGUGUGAUCCAACGUCACGGUCCGGCAAAGAAAGUGCUAGUUUCGAAAUAAUUGAAAGGUUUUUUUCUAUUUUUUGUUAGUCAUUCCUUGAAAUAACAAUAAAAGAAAGGUAUAUUAAAAUGACUGAACAAGAAACACGUCCUAUUGAUGUUGCAGAACAAGAACCUAUUGUCGAACAAGGAAAUAAUGACGACAACAGUGUAAGAACUGUUUUUCACGAUGCCAAAAAUUAUAAUGUUAAGCAUCCCCUUCAAAAUACCUGGACUUUAUGGUUCGAUAACCCAGGAAAGAAGGCUAAUGCUGCUUCUUGGUCUCAAAACUUGAAGGAGAUCGUUAAUGUUGACACAGUUGAAGACUUUUGGGGUGUUCACAAUAACAUUGUUAAAGUAAACCAUCUUGAAAUCAGCUCAAAUUACCAUGUCUUUAAGAAGGGAAUUCGUCCCGAGUGGGAAGAUGCCGCCAACGCCAACGGUGGUAAGUUCAGUAUUCAAUUUCCCAGAAAUAGAACUGGUGAAUCUAUCAACGACUAUUGGCUUAAUUUGAUUCUUGCUAUGUUGGGUGAGCAAUUCCAGUAUGAAGAUGAAAUUUGUGGUGCUGUUGUUUCUGUGCGUAAGGUUUUUUAUAGAGUUGCCUUGUGGAUCAAGAGUUCCGAGAAAAAUGAAAAGAUUGAGACUAUUGGUCGCCAAUUGAAAGAGUUUCUCAACCUUAACAACACUUUAGUUGUAGAAUUCACUCCCCACGGUGAUUCAGCAGCUAAAUCAAGCGAAAACAGAUUCACCAUCUAAAGAGUACAAAUCGAAAAGACAAAUUCCACACUAGCGACACAAAGUAGAAAGCAGAAGAAUCACGAUAUACAAAAAAAAUAAAUAUAUACUUUUUCACAUAAUACA